UUACUUUAUUUGAUAUCGAAUUCAAUUUUCAGAAACUUCCAAAAAUUUAUUCACUUCGAGAGUAAUUACGUUGAUUUCUGCAUCGUUUUUCUGCGUUGUAUGGGUAGAAAAAUACAUUUACGUGAUCAAAAACGCUAACCUGAUGUUUGAGAAUUUCCAGUAUAAUAUUUUCGUUCGAAUUAUACCUCCGGUAAUCAAUAGAAUAAUGUUUCUAUUAAUACCAUUAAUGACGUGGCGAAGCCAUAGGCGAGUAUACAAUCACAUGAAGCAGUGGCAAAACUUACAAGAUACACUAUCUGACAUUCAAAAAUCACCAUUUUCGUUGCCUUUCAAAAACACGAUACCUUAUACAACUAUCGCCAUCUUGAUAGGAACCAUAUUGAUUUUGAUACCUUUAAAACCAUACUUCGAUAUUGAGAUAGCAGCUUCGAGCAGUAUUUUAUCGUACCUUUUUCUAGGAGAGACGGUGAUAUUCGUAGCACUUUAUUGGCUAACUAAUUGUUUAUUUGUGGCAUUAGUGGCUAGAAAUAUUGUCACUUUGAUCAAUCAAUCAAUAACCAGCAAAAAUGAAGACAGUUUAAUGAAACUAGUUGAUUUUUGGGUCAAAUUAUACGACUGGAAUGCAGAAUUCCCAUCGACAGCUUCCAUCACAUUUUUAAUCAAUGUGUUAAAUAUGAUCGUAACGAUGGUGACUUGCCUCUAUGCGUUUACAUUUUUAAUUUUCGUUGAAGAAGAUAAAAGCGCCAGUUUAGCAUAUUUCACUUGUACGAUUAUAUCCUUCUUGAUACUGCUGAUAUUUUGCGAAUCGUCUAAUUUGGUUUUGAAUCAGAUAGGAAGAUUAACACACGUCUGCCUUUUGACAACAGAUACAAAAGAAAUGAAUCCAAGAAUACUGAAAGUGAUUCUAAUUUUCAUCCAAACUAUUGAAACCAAGCAACCGAAAAUCAUGAUGAAUGGUAUAAUGAUCAUAAGUCGUUCCAGUCUUAUCUCAAUUUCCGCAACCAUCAUUAAUUUCUUGAUUGUAUUGAAACAAUUCAACCCGCUGGGAUGAUGAUUAUUUUGUCGAACAUGAAAUUCAAGUCAAUUUUUCUCUUUUUCAAAUAAGAAAAGAAAAUAUUACAAGUGGUAUGUCAAACGAUACUCGAACAAUAAACGUGAAAUAUUUCAA